CGCUCGACAGUCUACAACCACUCAACCAAAACCCAUUUCCAUUACAACCAACAACAAGAACCAGCUUUGUACAGAGAAGAAGAACAGUGCUUUUCAAUGGCGACCAUAACCAUGGCAAUGCUCAACCCAAACUGUCUAACCCUAAAAACACCCCAAACCACCACCAAGCCCACUCUCCCAACCAAGCCCUCUCUCUCUCUACAAACCCUACCAAAGCCUCUCUCUCUAAACAACCUGACCAGCCUUCAAGCUUCACUUGGUGCAACAAUGGCUGGUGCUCUCUUCUCCACCAUCAGUUGCUGUGAUUCCGCCAUGGCUGCCCAGCAAAUCGCAGACUUAGCCGAAUCCGAUAACCGAGGGCUAGCCCUUCUUAUUCCCCUUAUUCCAGCCAUUGCAUGGGUCCUAUUUAACAUUUUACGACCAGCUCUUAACCAAAUCGACAGAAUGAGAAGCUCAAAGGGUGUAAUUGUUGGGCUUGGUUUGGGGGCUGGGGUUUAUGGGCUCCUGGGUGAAUCAAGUGCCAAAGCUAGUGAGAUUGCUCAAAUUGCAGAUGCUUCGAGUGAUAACAGGGGACAACUUCUCUUGUUUGUUAUCACUCCUGCUGUUUUGUGGGUGCUAUAUAACAUUCUUCAACCAGCACUCAACCAGAUCAAUCGCAUGAGAUCAGAGUGAAGUUGACCUGAGCCUCUCUCCCUCUCUCUCUCUCUCUCUCAAAUGUAAGAGUUUGUAAGUGCUAAAGUAGAAUCUUAUUUUUUUUGAUAAUAUAAAGUAGGAGUUUGUUUAUGAGAUUACGACUUGGAAAGAGUCUAUGUACACAUUAUUUUGCAAAUGUAAGGAUAAUUAUGGUUUUAGUUU